AUCCGCCUCUCUCUUUCCUUUUCCUUUUCACUAAUUAAUAUAACCCGGGGCAGUCCCCAGCGACAACCCCUCAACCCCUCAACCCCUCGUAAGCCGCCAUCAGGUUCUAUCCUCCACCGUCAUCGACUCAUCCGGCCCCCGUUCAUCAUCGUCACCAUCCCCACUGUCAUCAAGAACAAAGGCAACAGCUUCACCAACAAAACAACAAGAAAGGAUUUUCAAGGGACAGGCCGUAUUACUUCAAGGUUAAAAAACAAAAUGGCCGACUCCAACCCCCCGACCAUCGAGACCAACAAUCUCACCUACACGUUCCCGAACGCCACGGCCGGCGUCUCCAACGUCACCCUCUCGCUGCCGGCCCGGUCCCGCACCCUCCUGAUCGGCGCCAACGGGGCCGGCAAGACGACGCUGCUCCGCCUGCUGGCGGGCAAGCGGCUGGCGCCGGCGGGCGCGGUGCGGGUCUCGGGCGUGGACCCGUUCAAGGACUCGGUCGAGGGCGUGACCUACCUGGGGCUCGAGUGGGUGCUGAACGGGAUCGUGCGGUCCGACAUCGGGGUGGGCGAGCUGCUGCGCAGCGUCGGCGGGGACGCGUACCCGGAGCGGCGCGACGAGCUGGUGGCGGUGCUCGACAUCGACACGGCCUGGCGCAUGCACGCCGUCUCGGACGGCGAGCGCCGCCGCGUCCAGCUCGCCAUGGGCCUCAUCCGCCCCUGGCGCGUCCUCCUGCUCGACGAGAUCACCGUCGACCUCGACGUCUGGAGCCGCGCCCAGUUCCUCGGCUUCCUCCGCCGCGAGACCGAGACGAGGGACUGCACCGUCGUCUACGCCACCCACAUCCUCGACAACCUCGCCGGUUGGCCCACCCAUCUCGUCCACAUGCACCUCGGCACCGUCAAGGGCUGGGGCCCGGCCGAGGUCAUGCUCAAGGAAGCCGACCAGCCGGAUCCCGAGGAGGGCGACGGCAUCAUCGGCGUCAAGGGGAACAGCAGGCUGGGCGAGCUGGUCUUGCGCUGGCUGAGGGACGAUCUGAGGGAGAGGGGCCCGCGGAGCCAGCACAAACACAAACGGGGCCCAGAGGGCUGGACGUACAGCCUGACCGGUUUGGGAGGGUACGGUUUUGAGUCCAAGGGCGGCAAAGACUAGGGGGAAAAGGGGGGUGCGGUUGUUACCGAGAAGGGUCGCACGCGACAAGCCCACUUCCAAAGGGAGAGGUUUUGUUGAUGUGCGUGGACAGUUUUGUUUGAGAAACGGGGAAUAUCGGAACUUCAAAUAGAGAUAAAAGAAAGAUAAAGAGGAUGAGGGGUGGCCAUAUAUCGCGAUCCAAUCAACUUGUUGAGAAGACAGUCAAUAUCAACAUGAUUGUCCGUUCA